AUAAAGAUAGAUGCAAAAAUCCUCAACAAAACAUUAGCAAAUCUAAUUCAGCAAAAUUCCUUUCUAAAGAUCAUGAAUACUAUCCAUUUCAGAUUAAGGAUUCGAGAAUGGAGAUUACAUACAUAUGCAUUUAGGUUUUUGUUGUUUCCUGGGUGCUCCAUUAGCACUGUAAUCCUAUUUAUACACAGAUGAUCAUAUUAAGAGUUAUAGUUAAUCCAUGUGAAUUAACCCAUUCAACCCGAGAUGAACCAGGUCUAAUACUUUCAUUUUCCAGUCCUAGGCACAGACAGGUGCCUAGCAUUAUAAUAGAUGUCUACUAUGUUUGAUGAAUGAUUGAAAUGAGAUUUGUUCAGGCAGUUUGAAGAAAGCAGAAGCAUUCCCAGCUUGCUUGCACCCCUAAAACAGGAUGUCCAGCCACAAAGCCACACCGCAAUGAUGGGAGUGCUACAAGCAUUUAUUCAAUUUAUUUAAUUAGCUCUAAAACGACAGCAAAUAUUAAGUUUUGAAGAAACGACUCUCAGGCCAGAGAUUUCUAAACUGUGGGUCAUUAAAUUUUGUGCAUUACAACCAACAUUUUAAAAACUAAUAUCGGCUUAAAUAUGUCAAAGUGCUGCUCACUUGGCAAAACUACUAGCAAUGGUAAAACUCUUAGCAAAAGCAAGGCUGUUUUGUCAACCUUUUGUUUCAAAAAUUUUACGUAUGCAUUGGGUCAGGUUGUGACUGAUGUUUACCAGCCACGGGUAAACACGUUUGUAGCCCGGGAAGUGCGGGCUGCUAGGGGUGGAAGCUCAGCAGGGCAACACGCAGGGAGCGCGGGAAGUCCCACGCCCAGAAAGAAACAGACUCUCCGCGCACUCACUGGUUCAAAGGGCGCCCUGACUAAGAGAGCGGAUUGGUCGACUCGUGAGGGCCCCUCCCCCGACGUCUCGUCCACCAAUGGGAGGCCGGGGCGGGGCGGGCUGGCCUCGCGCGGGCGCCUGGAGAAGCGGCUGCGUGGCGGCUUCGGACGACCAGUCUCCGACGGCGCGGUCGGGACGUGCCGAGCCGGCCGCGAACGACGUCGAACGCGCCGGAUCUUCUUCACGGAACCAUGUCUGGGCGAGAAGCAUACGCCAACGCCUCGCCCGGGGUCGUUGCUUCUCGGCGAAGCUCGGCAAUGUCCCAGGCUCCGGAAAGGAGGACGGAGGAGGAGCCUAAUCGAAGCGGUCGCGGGGGCAGUCGGGGCGGCAGAGGUGGCGGCCGCAGGGACCCCGCGGGCCCCCCGCAGCCUGCGGCUGCCGGCCCCCAAGAAGCGCCGCUGUGCUUUGGGUUGAAGAACGACUGGGUCGGCACGGUGAUCGGUCGUGGUGGGUCAAAAGUACGAGAUAUCCAAAGUACAACAAACACCAAAAUACAAAUAAGAAAAGGGCAUUCUCAGGCAGAGAUCAAAAUUUUUGGCAGCAAAGCAAUGCAGACAAAAGCAAAAGCAAUGAUAGACAAUCUUGUUAAAAUACAAGAAAGCCACAAAUCAGAACCCCAAGUCGAUAUUGUUGCAUUCCAACCUUCUGGUAGAAGAGAUGAAAGGUCAGAUGACAGAGCUGCAGGUCAGCCAUUGAUUGAUUGGGACCAAAUUCGAGAAGAUGCUUUAAAAUGGGAAAGAAAAAAGUGGUCAGAUUUACCUCCAAUUAAGAAAAAUUUUUACAUGGAGUCAGAAAUGACAAGUUCUAUGUCUCAAGAGCAAAUAGACAACUGGAGGAAAGAAAAUUAUAAUACAAUGUGCGAUGACUUAAGGGAUGGUGAGAAACGUCCUAUCCCCAAUCCGACUUGUAAAUUUGAGGAUGCCUUUCAAAGUUACCCUGACAUUAUGAAAAACAUUAAAAAGGCAGGUUUUCAAAAGCCAACACCAAUUCAGUCACAAGCAUGGCCAAUAGUCCUGCAAGGAAUAGAUCUUAUAGGAGUGGCCCAAACUGGGACAGGAAAGACUUUAGCCUACUUAAUGCCUGGAUUUAUUCAUCUUGAUUCUCAACCAGUAGCUAGAGAAAAAAGGAAUGGACCUGGCAUGCUGGUCCUUACACCCACUCGAGAAUUAGCUCUUCAGGUGGAAGCUGAAUGUUCUAAAUAUUCAUAUAAAGGUCUUAAAAGUGUUUGUGUAUAUGGUGGUGGAGACAGAAACAGACAAAUACAAAGCCUGACAAAAGGGGCAGAUAUCAUUAUUGCAACUCCUGGAAGACUGAAUGAUCUGCAAAUGAAUGAUUUUGUCAACCUGAAAAGCAUAACCUACUUGGUAUUAGAUGAAGCCGACAAGAUGCUAGAUAUGGGAUUUGAACCCCAGAUAAUGAAGAUUUUAUUAGAUGUGCGCCCAGAUAGGCAGACUAUUAUGACAAGUGCGACGUGGCCGUCCUCUGUCCGUCGGCUUGCACAAUCUUACCUGAAAGAGCCGAUGAUCGUGUGUGUUGGUACUCUGGAUCUAGUUGCUGUAAGUACCGUAAAGCAAAAUAUAAUUGUCACCACAGAAGAGGAGAAACGAUGUCACCUCCAGACUUUCCUAGAGAGUAUGUCUCCUGAAGAAAAGGUCAUAGUGUUUGUCAGCAGAAAAGCUGUUGCCGAUCACUUAUCGAGUGACCUGAUUCUCCGACACUUAUCAGUAGAAUCUCUUCACGGCGACAGAGAGCAGAGUGAUCGAGAGAGAGCAUUAGAAAACUUUAAAACAGGUACAGUGAGAAUACUCAUUGCUACCGACUUAGCAUCUCGGGGACUUGAUGUUCAUGACGUCACACACGUCUAUAAUUAUGAUUUCCCCCGGAACAUCGAAGAAUAUGUGCACAGAGUGGGGCGCACUGGAAGAGCAGGGAAGACUGGAGUGUCAAUUACCCUUAUCACUAGAAAUGAUUGGCGGGUUGCCCCUGAAUUAAUUAAUAUUCUGGAAAGAGCAAAUCAGAGUGUCCCGGAGGGCCUUGUGGCAAUGGCUGAGCGAUAUGAAGCAAACAGACUGAGAAAAGAAGCAGAAAAAAAACUGGGACAACCCCAAGGAAGACCCAGGAAGUUUUAUUAAUGUCUGUUGAAAGGACUACCAGCCUACAUACAGGAGGUAAAAUUUCAAUGAUACGUGGGCUUUCUUCCUCAGCCACGCUGUUAGUGUAUUUACUGCAGUCGGCGUUCUCUCUCAAUAUUAACAUAGGUUUUA